CAUUGACGGCGGCAGCGGCGGCUCCUUCCUUCCUUCCUUGCUUCUUUCCUUCCUGUCGGCGCCGACCCGGAGGGCGCGGAGGCGGCGAGCGGUGCACCUGAGCGCCCGGAGGCUGCUGGGCCCGUGGCCGGAGCGCAAGGCCGAGCGAGGCAGGAGCUCGGCCUGCCUGACGUGGGCGAGGGGGUCGGCCCAGAAUGCAGGACUUGGAAUAAUGGAUUUAAGCUACAGGAAGGUUGAUUCAGGUUGAAUUUUAGACAAAAAGAAGAAUCACUAAUGGUUGGCGUCUUUUAGCUUAAGCUCUUCAGCUGGAGGCAUCAUGAGCAGAAGCAAGCGUGAAAGUAACUUCUACAGUGUUGAAAUUGGAGAUUCUACUUUCACUGUAUUAAAGCGAUACCAGAAUCUGAAGCCGAUUGGUUCAGGUGCACAGGGGAUAGUAUGUGCAGCUUAUGAUGCGCUUCUUGAAAGAAAUGUUGCAAUAAAGAAACUCAGCCGACCAUUUCAAAAUCAAACACAUGCGAAAAGGGCCUAUCGAGAACUGGUCCUCAUGAAGUGUGUAAACCACAAAAAUAUAAUUGGUCUGCUAAACGUGUUCACCCCACAGAAAUCGCUGGAAGAAUUCCAAGAUGUUUACAUAGUGAUGGAGCUCAUGGAUGCCAACCUCUGCCAAGUCAUCCAGAUGGAGCUGGACCACGAACGGAUGUCCUACUUGCUGUAUCAGAUGCUGUGCGGCAUCAAGCAUCUUCACUCAGCUGGAAUCAUACACAGGGAUUUAAAACCUAGCAAUAUUGUGGUGAAAGCUGACUGCACGCUGAAGAUUCUAGAUUUUGGGCUGGCCAGAACAGCCGGGACCAGCUUCAUGAUGACCCCUUAUGUCGUGACGCGCUACUACCGAGCACCGGAAGUCAUCCUUGGAAUGGGAUACAAAGAAAACGUGGAUUUAUGGUCUGUUGGGUGCAUUAUGGGAGAAAUGGUUUGCCACAAAAUCCUCUUUCCAGGAAGGGACUAUAUCGAUCAGUGGAAUAAAGUUAUUGAACAGCUAGGGACACCCUGUCCCGAAUUCAUGAAGAAGCUGCAGCCAACAGUGAGGACGUAUGUGGAGAACAGGCCUAAAUACGCUGGCUAUAGUUUUGAAAAACUCUUCCCAGAUGUUCUCUUCCCAGUGGAUUCUGACCACAAUAAACUGAAAGCCUCCUCCAAAGAUACCAGACAAGCAAUUAGACGAAAGAGAGCACACAAUAGAAGAAUGGAAAGAACUGAUUUACAAAGAAGUUGUGGAGCUGGAGGAGAGGACCAAGAACGGAGUCAUACGUGGGCAGCCAUCUCCUUUAGGUGUAGCAACCGCCAAUGGCCCUCGGCAUCCAUCUUCAUCCCCAUCAGUCUGUGAUGCAUCUUCACUGUCCACUGACCGGACUCUGGCCUCCGACACGGACAGCAGCCUGGAAGCCUCCGCCAGUCCCUUAAGUUGCUGUAGAUGACGGCGAAUGGAUGUAGGAGGGAGGUGGCUACCAACAAAAAUCAGUGGUAUUAUUUUGGGGUGUUUUUAAAAGUAAUUGUGGGAUUAAUUUUCAGAGUGCUAAUUUUAAAGUAAAAUAGUAAAUCACGAUGCUAUUCUGUAAUUAAUUGUACAGUAUGGAACUUAAUUUUUAUUGUUUUAAAAUUGCAUGCUUUACUACUGUGAUUUUUGACUUUAUUUUUUCAGGAUGCAUUUAUAAGAUAGGUUUAUUAAAUGUAAUAUUGCUAUUCAGUUUGUAUCACAGCUUCUUUCAAGGUCUUUCAGAUUUGUUUUUUUAGAGAAUCUCUAUCAGCAGAGCCAUUUUUCAAUCUUUUAUUUCCAAUUGUUGUUACUUGUGGGAUUAUAGGUUAUGGAAUAAUGCCUGGAUAAGAUCUUUGAACAAAAAUGCUUCUGUGGGGUUUAUCCAGGGAACGCUGCUGCCUAAGCCAGCUGUCUCCAAGGGAGGCUGUGUAUCCAUUUGCCCAAAGGGAGGUUACGGGGGUGGGGGGUGGGGUGAGGAGUGGGCACGCCAGCGAUCCCAGGGGUGAGGUGGGCUGAAUGUUGCCAUCGGCCUGCCUCUCACCUCCUUUGCACGAGGCCUUUUAAGAUAAUCCCCCGUUUACACCUGCAGUGUCUUCACUUCUCCACUCAUCUGUUGCAUUAAGAUUAGUAGCACUUCUACAAACCAAAAUGCCCCCCCCCCCAAUGACAGCUUUCCUCUUGACCUGCAGCUGAUACUUCUGGAUCUGUGGUAAAAGUAUUCAAUAAGUGUACUGUGUACGCUCCGGAGGUGUGUGUCAGCCUGUGCAAUACUUUUGUGAUGUUGGGUAUUGGAACAGCCCAACAGGAGCCACAAAAGAAAUGAGGACUGCACUAAGAUCAUGUUUUGGUUAAUUUCCUUCCAAGAAAAAAAAAAAGUGUAGAAAUGCUGACUAUAAUUAAAAAUGGUUUUGCUUUCUGCUGAAAUGAGUUUCAAUACAUAUCUUUGAAUAUGUAUUUAAUUUUAUUCCUCUGAUUCAAAUUCUGAGUUCAUUGUGAAUUUAAAAUUGUGAAUUUAAAAAAAUGCAGAUUUUUGAGAAUUAAGCUUGUACUUUCUGCAUUGUGUAGAUAGAAGUCAUAUCUGUUUGUUUUUAUUUAUUAAAUUUGUAUGCUGCCAGUUCC